AUGUUCUUCGGCAAAUCCCUCACCUUCAACCCCGAGCAGGACAUCCCCUCGCUCGCCGGCAAAGUCAUCCUAGUGACCGGCGCCAAUAUCGGCCUGGGCAAGCAAUGCGUCCUGGAAUACGCCCGCCACCAGCCGUCGCUGAUCUGGCUGGCCGCGCGCACCAUCGACAAAGCGCAGACCGCGGCAGACGAGAUCCGCCAACAGGUCAAAAACGCGCCCCCCAUCAAGCCUCUCGCCAUGGACCUGUCCUCGCUCUCGUCCGUCGCCACCGCGGCCCGCACUGUCGUGGCCGAGUCCACUCGUCUCGACAUCCUCAUGCUGAACGCCGGCAUCAUGGCCGCCCCGCCGGGCCUGACGAGUGAUGGCUACGAGCUGCAGUUCGGCACGAACUACAUCGGGCACGCUCUCUUCACGAAACUGCUGCUUCCUGUCCUGGAAAAGACGGCUGCGAUGCCGGACGCGGACGUGCGCAUUGUCUCGCUCUCGUCGCACGGCCACGUCUACGCCCCCAAGGAAGGCGUGCUGUUUGACACCUUGCGCACCGACGGAGAGAGCUUGGGCGCUUACGGUCGCUACGGGCAGAGUAAGCUGGCGAUAAUUCUGUGGACGCGCCAGAUGGCGCGCAACCCGUGGGUCAUUAGGGUGUUGGGAAAGGUCGCGAAUAAGGUCGUGACGCCGGUGGACCAGGGCGUUAGGAAUCAGCUGUGGGCAUCUGUGGCUAAGGAGGUGAAGAGCGGGGAGUACUAUGAGCCUAUUGGGAUUGGGGGCCCGCAGACGCCGAAGGGAGAGGAUGAUGUGCUGGCGCUGAAGGUGUGGGAAUGGACGGAGAAGGAGCUGCAGGGGUAUGAGUAG